GGGAAAUUUUCGACUCUUGGAAUCCCUUCUCUCAUUGUACGUACGCGUCAGUAAUUCCAUGAAAAUCUUUAAAAGCAAAAGAAAGCGACAAAUGGGUUCGCGAGCAAGGGAUUCUACGAUCUCAAAUUGAUGCCAUCGUCACUCUUCGUGUUGCUCUUUAAGCGAGGUGGGAAUUUUGGAUCAAGCUUUGGAGAUGGAUGGACAAAAUAAGCACCCAGUCACUGCCUAUCCGGUAGAGCUGCCAGUGAAGCGAAAGCGUGGUCGUCCACGCAAGGAUGAAAGUCUCGUCCUGCAGCAGCAGGAGAGAACACAGUUACAGCCCCCUCAACUUCCCCUGCCCGGAGAAGUGAGAAGUAAUCCACAAGCUGAAGUUGAUCCGGGUGAUGGCCCCAGUGAUGAGAUGCUGGGUCAGGUGGUUUCCGGCGUGAUUGAGGGCUCAUUUGAUGCCGGAUAUUUCCUUUCUGUGAGAGCUGGUACUUGCAGCACUCUCCUCCGGGGUGUCGUGUUCCAGCCUGGGCUCUUCACUCCCAUUACUGCAGCAAAUGAUGUUGCUCCCGAUGCUAGGAUGUAUAAAAGAAGAGAGUUUCCAAAUCCAGUCCUCGACCCCCAAGGGCAGGCCAAUUCUUCCAUCCCACAAUCAGAGAAGAAGAAUGAGCAGCAGCAGCAGCAGCCUGCCCAGUUGGAGAACAAGGAGCCUGCACCGCCAGCCCAGGUCUUAACUUUUGUGGGACAGCCGGGGUCUUCAACCUCACUUGCUAGCCAAUCUGCAUCUGAUUUGCCAAAACAAGAGGCGGCAGCUAUGCCCCAGAACAAUCCUAGCCAAUAUGCCUCAGUUAAGGUACCUCUGGCCGAUACAUUCCUGAAGAAUGAUAUUGUUGAUUCCAUGGGAGGAAACGACAAGCCACAAGAAAUAUCUGAGUUUGGACUUGUGAAUAAAUCAAGUACCCAUCAGCUUCAGUCUGUUGUUCCGUUUCCCCUUGCUAACCUAUCUUCCCCUGGCAAGCUGUCUGUGAUUGAUUCAUUGUCGAAGAAUAGCUUGUGUGCCUCCAUGGGAGAGAAAAGUUUGCAGCAACAGAACUCUGAGAUAGGGCUUGACAACCCAUUCUCCAAGCAACUGCACUCAAGCACCACUCCAUUUACACUCACUCCCCAUUCUGCUUCUGUUGUCAUUCCUUUUAAUAGUAACUUGCCGAAGAACAACUCAGGCGCUUUUCUGGGAGGAAAAGAUUUGCCACAACAGAAUUUUGAUUACGGGCUUGAGAAACAUUCGAUUACGCGGUUGCAAUCAUGUUUGCCAUUUUCGCUUGCUAGUGGAGAUGCCUCUGCUACAUUGCUGCCCCUGACUGAUAAUUUGGCGAAGAAUGACUCCAGUGCUCUAAUGGAAGGAAAAGACAUGUCAAUCCAACAGAGAAGAUUUGAGGCUUCACUUGCUGAAAAUCAACCUGCCUCUCACUUGCAGAGAGGGUCACCAUUUACACUUGCUAGCCAAUCCAACACGUCCAUGGUAGCCCAAACUGAUAACUUGACAAAGGAUGAACUGGGUGGUGCUCCCCUUUUAGAGAAGAAUAUGCAACAACAGAUUACUGAGAUUGGACGGGAGAACCUUUCAAAUCCUCAGUUGGAUGGUAGUAGGAUGACAGAACAGGAUGAGAUAAUGCAGGAAUUUGAGGCUUCAAACCUGCUAGAAAGGCAAAAGAUCGAUGUACAAGGAACGAAAGACAUGAUACUUGAUAUUGGAUCUGAACUGACACUCGACAUCUUUCAUGGCAAGCCGAGCAGCUGUCAGGUGCUUCAAGUUCAGGAUCAGGCUGUUGAUUCUGGGCUUCUGUCGACUGAGUUAGCUCACAGUGGACCAAAUGGCAUGAAUCUUGAGCUUCACCAGGCACUGCUAAGUGUUAAACCGGGACCUGUGCUUCCUGAAAAGCCUAUAUCUGCCAAAAAUGAAACACAAGGAGCAGAGUCAGUGCCACCCUACAGUUUGGGGAGAGAUGAAAUUUUUGAAAAUGAAAAACCGAUGAGCGAUGCAGCCGACGACAUCAUCGGAGCUUCUCAGCCAGCACCAGAUGCCAAGGAACAAAUCAGGACCAUUGAAGAAGCCACCUUUGAAGAAGCCACUCCUUUGGAACCUGAGGUUAAUUGCAUUGGAGGAAGUAUUGGCAAAGACCAAUCAAGCAAGCUAUAUUAAUGCAGGGAAAAGCUGUUUUGACUGAAAAUGAUGUGGGUUCUUGUUCUUGAAUAAAACAUUUAACCAGCCAGCUACUAAGGGAAAAACUGAAAGAAGUUAAGCUAAGGGUUAAGAGCUUUUUAUGUUUCUUUUCUUUAGAAACAUUUACUCUUCUUAAUUUCCGUAUGUUUUGGACCAGCAUCUUCCUCCAUUUAGUGCGGGUCAUGUAUUGGCUUCUGCUUGGAUGAUUCAUUUUCUCUAUAAUUCUGCAAUUAAGUAUUUUACUGCAAGGCAAAUUCUCUUCAAUGCUUAG